CCCUCAAACUCAACGAAUCAACAACGAGUUGCCCCUAGCUAACAAACCUCAAAGAGGGUUUAGGGUUUUAGAGUCUUAACCCUGACCACCCCUUUCCCUUCAUUUUCUCUCUGCUUUCUCCCUCAUUCAGUCAGGUGUGGGUUCUAAUUAUUCUAUAAUUAAUUUCUUCUUUGCUGUCAUGAAUUAGUUCAUGCAUUGCCGGAAAUUGUGUUGAAAUUGGAUGUGGGUGUUCAAUGGCAAGAGGCCCAGCAGCACUUCUAUCUAGAAUACGUUCAUCCAAACACGAUGUUUCUCGGUUUAGGGUUUUUCCAUCGAAGCGCUGCAUCCAUUCGUUUGGAGAAUGGAGAAACCCAACUGCCUCCGCUUUUGAUUUGUCAAAACCCGCAUUUUUUACAAGUUUGAUGAACCUGGUUCAUCUUCAAUCAGCCUCAGGAAGUCCGAAUUUAAGGGAUUUUCGCAAUUCUAUUGGGGCGAGACACUUCUCAUCAAUGAGGGAAGAUGGUGAUGGAGAUGAGAAUACUGUCCCUGGUUUGACAAUUGAGGAUGGGGACGAUGUUAGUAGUAUCUCUGAUUCAACAAUGGUUGAAAAUGGAGAUGAGGGCAAGAGUAAUUGUGAUUCAUCCAUGGUUGAAUCUGGGAACAGUUCUGAUGAUGUGGGCUCUGGGGAGAGUGUAGGUUAUGAGCACGUCGCAUAUCGGGAUCCUGCAGAAUUAUACCGGGAGCUUUGUGAUUCUCAGACGUCUGCAAAGCCAACAAAGUCGGAUUGGGAGAUGGUAUCUGAGAUUUUACAUCAUUUCCGCAAGUCAGGUUGGGCUGCCAAUCAGGCUCUGGCUAUAUACAUUGGAAUGUCAUUCUUCCCCACCGCAGCAAGCAAGUUCCGAAGUUUUAUGAGUAAGAAAUGUACUGCUGAUGUAGCCAAGUACCUGGCCUCACUUGGUCCAGGUGAUGCUGCUGUUAAGUUCCUCUUUCCCAUAUUUGUUGAAUUUUGUUUGGAAGAGUUUCCUGAUGAGAUUAAGCGAUUCAGGAGUAUGAUCAAGUCAGCAGACCUCACCAAACCUCAUACUUGGUUCCCAUUUGCCCGGGCGAUGAAGCGGAAGAUCAUCUAUCAUUGUGGUCCAACGAAUAGUGGUAAGACAUACAAUGCUUUGCAAAGAUAUAUGGAAGCAAAGAAGGGUAUCUAUUGUAGCCCUCUUAGGUUAUUGGCUAUGGAAGUUUUCGAUAAGGUGAAUGCCCUUGGGAUCUAUUGUAGCCUUCACACAGGUCAAGAAAAGAAAAACGUCCCAUUUUCAAACCAUACUUCAUGUACUGUGGAAAUGGUGUCUACUGAUGAUAUAUAUGAUGUGGCUGUUAUUGAUGAAAUUCAGAUGAUGUCAGACCCUUGCAGAGGGUAUGCGUGGACGCGGGCCUUGCUCGGAUUGAAGGCUGAUGAGAUACAUUUGUGUGGUGAUCCGAGUGUUCUGAAUGUUGUUCGAAAAAUAUGCUCAGAAACUGGUGAUGAGUUGUUUGAACAACAUUAUGAGAGGUUCAAGCCAUUGGUGGUUGAGGCCAAGACCCUGUUGGGGGAACUUCAAAAUGUUCGAUCUGGAGAUUGUGUUGUUGCUUUCUCAAGGAGGGAGAUAUUUGAAGUGAAAUUGGCAAUUGAGAAACACACCAACCAUCGCUGUUGUGUUAUUUAUGGUGCCUUGCCUCCAGAGACUCGUAGACAGCAAGCUAGCCUGUUCAAUGAUCCAGAUAAUGAAUAUGACGUCUUGGUUGCGAGUGAUGCAGUGGGGAUGGGUUUGAAUCUUAAUAUCAGAAGGGUUGUUUUCUAUAGCCUUUCUAAGUACAAUGGGGACAAGAUUGUUCCAGUUCCAGCUACACAGGUGAAGCAGAUUGCUGGAAGAGCUGGUCGGAGGGGGAGUCGAUAUCCUGAUGGACUCACUACCACCUUGCAUUUGGAUGAUUUGGAUUACUUGAUCGAGUGUUUGAAGCAACCUUUUGAUGACAUUAAGAAAGUGGGUCUCUUUCCUUUCUUUGAGCAGGUUGAGUUAUUUGCAGGGCAGCUCCCAGAUGUCACUCUCUCGCAUCUACUAGAAAAGUUCAGUGAAAAUUGCCAAUUAGAUGGAUCUUACUUCUUGUGUCGACAUGAUCAUAUAAAGAAGGUUGCAAAUAUGUUGCAGAAAGUUCAGGGACUAUCUCUAGAAGAUCGUUUCAACUUUUGCUUUGCGCCAGUUAAUAUUAGAGAUCCAAAAGCAAUGUACCAUCUUCUGAGGUUUGCUUCAUCUUACAGUCAAAAUCUCCCUGUUAAUAUUGCAAUGGGCAUGCCCAAGGGUUCUGCUCGCAAUGAUUCAGAGCUCUUGGAUCUUGAGACUAAGCAUCAAGUGCUGUCAAUGUAUCUAUGGUUGUCACACCACUUCACGGAGGAAACAUUUCCAUAUGUAAAGAAGGCUGAGACAAUGGCAACGGGGAUUGCUGAUUUACUGGGCCAGUCUCUCAGUAAAGCUUGCUGGAAACCAGAAUCAAGGCAGGCAGGGAAGCCAAAGCCUCAACAGAAGGAAGAUGGUUAUGAGAGGCCAAGGUCACUCGUAAAAUUAUUUGACGAGAGAAGGCAUGAGAAGUCUCCUGAGCAUGAGAAGUUUCCUCAGCAUGAGCAUUCAGAAAAGGUAGCAGCAUAAAAUUAUUGCCAGAGGUGUGAAGACUGGAAGUGUGAUGCUGGAGAAAAAUAAACCAGAUGCACUGCUCAAAUUUUCAUGUGCAGCUGACACAUUGAACAUAAGGAAUGCAACUACAGACAAGAUGAGACAGAAAAAUUGAAACCAGUGGAGGAUGUAGGGCAAUGUGCAUCCUUUCAUGGAAAGUGACAGUAGCUGUAACCAUGACACUGGUGCUGAUCAACCUUGUUAUUGUACUAUUUUUCCUAAAGCUGUAGCAUUUUGCCCGAAGUCCUCUAGACUCCUAUUUAUUUUGGGUAACUAGGUGUUUUUGGGGGGGAAGGGAAGUAACUUUAAAGAUGCUUGCAUUUGGACUUGUAUAGUAACAAAUUAGAAAUUCUUCGUUGAAGAAGUAGCUCAGGAUUUAGAUCAAAUGCCAAUUGUCAAAAGAGAGACGAAACAUACAAAAGAGCAUUCAGUAUGGAAUGGACUAGCAAAUUCAUUUUUCCCCUCUAA